UGCCCUACCUUUCAUAUGUGCGAGCUCAGACGCUUCUUUUGAGACGCAGGGAACCGAGUUAUCAAACGAGUCUUCUCUCUCCGGCCUUGUGGCCGACUCCUGGACAAGGUCGUGGGGACCCGGCGAAGUUGGAACCGAUCUGUCACAGGAUGACGCGGCUUGGACCAAAACUUCCGACGGAUAGGCGCUUGGACUCUGUGUCAAAGGCUUUUUAGCUUUCUCACUCACUAUAAAAGUGCGCUUCAUACCACGGAAAUGCGGUGUCUGUCCGGCAGGAAGACGGUGAGUCCUAUUCAAUUCAUUCUCUUUUUGCGCAUUCCUUUGAUUUAUGAGGACCUGUCGCUCAUCUUUGGCAAUCACUGCGCUCAAGUACUUUCGCAUUGUCUUCAUCUGGCACUGUGAUAUUUCCAGCAUUUGUUUGAUAUUCUCGUUCUCCUUCUCCUUCGCAGUCAUUUCUUUGCUGUACUCCUCGAGUUUGCAGCCCACUACUUUCACCAUCUCCCCCAACACCGUUUCCACCGCUGCGGUCACUGCUUGUUCGAUAACACUUCCCAUCUGAUCUCGCAGCAGUGACACUGACAAACUGACGUCCAUGUUGAAUGUUGAAUGGCAACUAACUUACUUUAAGCAGACUUCUAGUUACACAGGUGUGUUUUUGUCGGCUAACGGUAGGUUAUUUAAAAAUCAAUAGCUAGCAGCUAGCUUGUUAUCUAACCUAAGCGUAAACUAUCUUUUAAGUCGGGGUUGCCAGUCGGGCUUCGAUGAUUAAACAUUAGUUAGCUAACUACCCAAAACUACACCUAAACUAUUGCGAUUAAGUCCUUUAUUGACGUAUUCUCGAUAAAUAUGAAUAAUUCGGCUUCAUGUACCUACAAAAGUUGUUCUGCGGAUGUGUAACGGAAGCAAAACAGACAAACAUCUCCCAGCAGACAAAGAGGACGGCCCUGGCGUUGCGCAAUAUCCGGAUCACGUGUCUAACCUGUCAUGUCUGCCCCCUACUAGCAUGUGAAAGUUACCACUUAUCGUGUCUAAAUUCAUCAAGGAUAUAAAGAGGAUGGCAGCCCUUAAAUUAGGACGUUGCUUGUUCAGGUGCACAGCACCACUGCGCAGUGACAGACUACUUUGGCAAAGCUGUAGUUUCCAGGGACUACGGGGCAACUUUUUAGCACACGGCGGGCAGCUACAUGCAGGACUCUCUUGUUUUUUGACCGCGGACCAGACGGGGAGGUCACCGGCAGGCUAUCGCGGGAACGCUGUCCGAUUUUACUCUCAGGACGGGGCUGGCUGGCAGGGCCUAAGCGGUGCUGCGGGGCAGUCUCUCAGCUCACAGGACCAUGGUGACGCUACGGAUUUUCCCUCCCCGGCCGCGGUGAGCGUAGCCGCCGCUGUCACCGAGACGACCGAGAGGACGGUGCCAUUCUACGUCCAGCUGAAGGAGUGCCAUUCUCCCGCGGACGUGCUGGACCUGGCGGGCCGCUACACGAUGACGUUACGGAGAGUUAGCAGCAGCCUGAGCCGCAUCUGGGAGACCACCAAGAAGAUGUCGGAGGAGCAGAGGCGGUACGAGCGGCAGCUGAUGCUCGAUCACCCCGCCUUCGAGCAGCUGUGCGCGUGCGCCGUGAAGGGCGCGGCCAGGAUGAGGAGCGAUGACCUCACCUUCAGCCUGCUGGCCGUGGUGAAGCUGGGGGUGCCCCAGCGCAGCCGGCUGGUGCAGACGCUCCUGCGCGCCACACAGGAAAAGCUGAAUGAGUUUGAUGAGAAGGCCCUGUCGGUGCUGGCUGCCUUCCUGGGUGACAUGAAGAGCUGCAAGAACGUGGACGCGCUCAGGAAUGGGCUUAGGCUGGUGGUGGAGGAUCGGGUUUCGGGGAUCGAGAGCGUGGUGGCGCUGCAGAACCUGAUGCGCUGCGUCGGGCGGGACGCGCCCCUGACCCUGAAGAGAAAGCUGGAGAAUAAAGCCCUGUCCAUGGUGGAUCAGUUCAGCCUCCCCAAUGCCCAGUACAUGGUCAUCACUUUGGCUGCCAUGCAUUUCACCUCGAAGCCCCUGCUGGACAUCUGCAGCAAGAAAAUCGCAGAGAGCAUCCACACCAUUCCGCCCUUCAGACUGAUGGACAUUGUGAAAGCCUGCAAGGACCUGCGCUACAGGGACCCGCACCUUGUCUCAGCUGUAGCCGAGCACCUGACGGCCACCUUCGACAUGUGGAGCAACAAGCAGUUGAUCCUCUUCCUGUUGAUGUUCGAGGACCUUAAAUUCCGCCCAGUGGCCCUUUUGGACAGGCUCCUGGAGAGAGUAAUCCAGGAUCCAAACUCUCUGACCCUGAAGGAUGUCCUUAGUGUUCUGAAAGUCUAUUCACAGCUUAACCACGUUCCUGAAAACCACAAACAAGAGUUCCUCGAGAGGAUGACCAGUGUCUUUGAAUCCUACCUUCUCAAGAUGGCUCCCACAGACCUGCUGAGGGGAGUCUUUUCCCUGUGCAUUCUGGGACACUUCCCCCUUGCCCCACUUGAAAGGUUACUCCACAAAGAGACUCUGGAUGAGCUUACCAAAGGCGGCCAGGUCUUGCAGACGAACCAGCGAAGGCUGCAUUACGUGGACCUUUGUUUGAGGCUGGACCGUCCACCUUUACCUGAGGCCCUCACUGUGCCCCCUGGCACCAUUGACCCGCCCCUCACUAGCCAGACAGUCACCCGGGAUUGGGGGAAGCUAAUACAAAGGAUAGCAGGAGAUGCUGUAUUACAGGAGGGCGUGGUGCUGGAAAAAAGCUACUUCAUAGACUGCGUGAUUACGCUGCCCCUGAAAAGGACAGACCUGAGCUCGCCAUCUGAAGGAGAACGUGCCUCUCCAGAGCCCUGUCAAAGGGUGGCGGUGCUCUUCGCGCCCCCGUCGUUCUUCUGCCUCGGGACGUCCCACCCCCGUGGCAGGCUGGUCAUGAUGAUGCGGCACCUGAGGGCCCUGGGCUACACCCCUGUCCUGCUGCCGGAGCAGGAGUUUGACGUGCUGUCGGAAGAGGAGCGGGCGGAGAGGUUGAAAAGCCUGAUCUUCCCGGCGAAAGAGGAAGCCGGCGCCGUGUGACCACGGACCGGGAGCCCGGGAGAGAGCGGGAGCCGAGUCUGACCGCGGAGGGGGACCUCAGGCCAGUCCUGUUCACGCGGCACUAUGUUGGGUGGUACCCAGAGAGGGACGCUGGCCUGUGGUUUUGCUUCACACGUCACACAAACUGUCCUCAGAGGACCUGGGGACUCUCUACAGCAGUCUCCAUGGCGUGCAAUUGCAAUGCCAGCAAUCCUGCUGAAUUAAAUCAGAAAAGCUCA